GCCCAAAUUGUUUAAACAGGCGGCUCCGAAUCAGGAGACGCUUCCAGAACCACCUUCUCUGGAUCCGGAUGUCGAGUUACUUAUUGAUUCCUUCUUAUCUGAAAACGAAAAUAUAUUGCAUGAGGACGCUUGGAUUGUCGAUGAUGAUAUAGGCAAUUCGAAUUCAGCAACGCAUAGUGAAGAUGCGGCGUCCCUACAGGAAUCUGUGGAACCAAUGAGCCAACCUACGGUCAUGGAGACAAAUCAGGUGGCUCCCCUACUCUCCGGAGCCUUGCUAGCUCCGGGAGGCGCUGAAUUAACCGGUACAACGCCUCUAAGCCUUUUCGAGUCAGUGCUGUCAGAAUCCAGCCAUACUGCUCAAGCAGUCUCAUUAGAGGAGUGGUUGUCGGGCGAGGAAGCCGCAGAUUUGGUGGAGGCGCUGCAGCCAAUGCCUUCGCCUGGAGCGUUUCCUCCAGUGCCUAGUAGUAUUGAACCAGCCGAAGAGGCGACAAAAAGCCACGCAGGACUAUCUGGCACCAUGUCAGAAGGCACAAUGCACUCAGGACCACUUUCGAGUUCUGAGCCGUUACAAAGUGAUUCUCCCCGCGAGCGAUCAGGAGAGGAGUGGCUUCGAAUACCUACUGCUGGAUUUUCGAUGCUCUCGGAGCAAGGCCUGGCACCACCUAUCCUAGGACCACACCACCUUCGAAAUGCUUUGCCAUCAACUACCUCCACUAGUGACACACGCAUUCUUUCGCAGGCAUCAAACAUGUUAGGAUUGUCUGUUGCUCGAAAUGUUUUGUCAUUCACUACCUUCACUCGUGACCCACACAUUCUUGCGCCUGGGGGUUCGAUUCAGGCAAGCGAAUCAGCUCGUCAGUCCCUAUCCCACCGGGCUCAGUUGGCAAUCGACGAUCUGUUUUCUUCUCUUGGAUGGCUUGACAAAAUGCUAAGGGGUGUUCCUGAUCAAGUCCUCGCGACGCAUCCAUUUUACCGUAUCCCCGGAGUGAAGCAAAGCUUCAGAAGAUGCUUUUGCAAAGAGAAUGCUGUCUCAUCUAGUUUGAGUCACGUAAGCUUAGUCCCGUUGCUUUCGGAAUGCAGGCUUCUCCUGAAGAAGCCGGUGCUUUCCAACGAAGAGACUGAAGCCCUUUUGGGGUACAUGGAGCGUCUCUGCGGAUACGCAUCCAGGCUCCUGCCGACUCGGGCUCCCCCUACAUUAAAGGUGUUUUCUGUUGAAGUAUUGGGGAAGGCGUUUGUUGUCCUGGAUACGCUGCACUGUGCAGCAGAAGUGCUUGGGCAGAGUUCCAAAAAGGAACAGUGGUGGCCCGACAUAGUCAGUCACAUAGAAAAUGCAAGAGAUGAGUCUCUUGCCUCACAUUCGCUGCAGCCAGAAGAGCCUCAUUUGCGAAGCUAA